AUGAAAACGUACAAACUUGAAGGGAGUCUCAAGAACCGUAUCCUGAUUCGCUACCGUAUGCGACAGGCGGUGGACAACAGCACUAUCAACGGGAUGAAGUAUCUCGGAACCCGAUGUAACCGCUACGGAAGAAGCUUCUGGGUGCUGGUGUUGUGUGGAUCGUUCGCCUCGAUGGUGUUCAUUCUGCUGUUCACGAUCGACACCUUCGACGAAACGAUCAGCGUCAGCCCGGACACAUCAUUCCUCCGGUGGAACAGCACCUUUCCGGCGAUUUCGAUCUGCUACUCGAAGGGGCGCACCGGGCAGAUUUCCAACUUCCUGAAGGAACAGUGGAUAGCGAGUAACUUUACGCCCGCCAAGAAUACAGCCUACUUGUGGCCCAAGUUGGCACAAACAUACCUCUUUUUGAACCCCAACACUAACCUGGACAACGAUAUUACGUCGUUUUUUCCAACUGAUUGUAAAGAGGUACUGUUCGAUGUGAAGGUCGGCGGUGUGAAGUACGAUUGUGAUCGCAUCUUUAAUUACACUCUAACGGAAAUGGGGAAUUGUUUUACGGCAAACAGCAUUCACGAUCAGUGA